AUGGCUUCAUCUCGUUUAUUUAAUAAUAUAGGAAGAAUUGGCAUUGGUUUAGCUAUUGCUGGUGGUGUGAUUAAUUCGAUGCUUUAUAAUGUUGAUGGUGGUCAUCGAGCUGUAAUUUUUGAUCGUUUUCAAGGUGUAAAACCAGAUGUUAUUGGAGAAGGAACUCAUUUUAUGAUUCCAUGGCUUCAUAGACCAAUAAUAUUUGAUAUUCGUACCCGACCACGAUCUGUUCCAUCAAUAACAGGAACAAAAGAUUUACAAACAAUUAAUAUAACAUUACGUAUUCUUUAUCGACCAAGAGCCGAAUUUUUACCGAAAAUUUUUACAAAUUUGGGUUUAGAUUAUGAAGAACGUGUUUUACCAUCGAUCACUAAUGAAGUUUUAAAAUCUGUUGUAGCUCAAUUCGAUGCUGUUGAAUUGAUUACACAGCGUACACUUAUUUCUCAACGUGUUAGUGAAUUAUUAACGGAACGUGCUUCUCAAUUUGGUUUAUUGCUUGAUGAUAUUUCAAUUACACAUUUAAGUUUUGGAACUGAAUUUACAAGCGCUGUUGAAUUGAAACAAGUUGCGCAGCAAGAUGCUGAGAAACAACGAUUUUUAGUUGAAAAAGCUGAACAAAGUCGUCAAGCAAAUGUUAUUGCUGCAGAAGGUGAUGCUCGUGCAGCUGAUUUGAUUGGCAAAGCUUUAGGUGAAGCUGGUGAUGGCUUGAUCGAACUUCGACGAAUUGAAGCCGCUGAAGAUAUUGCAAGUCAAUUAUCUAAAUCAAGAAAUAUCGUCUAUUUACCACAUGGGCCUCAAAUGUUACUUAACAUUUCUGGUGCUAUGUAA